CUUUUUCUGCUGAAAAAGGAAACGAUUGUGCCAAAAUGUUGUGGACUCCUCAUAAGAGGUUAUGAAUGAUUUGCAAAGUGCAUUCGUGGAGUCGUCCUAAGGUGCUAUGUUGUUGUUGAGCUCAUAACAUCGGAGGGAUGCAACAUGACUCCCUCAAGAAGAAAGCUGCAAUUACUGUAAGUACAAAACGAGAAACAAUGACACGGGGGGACACACACACACAUUUGCAUAAAACAACAAACACUCCACUAUGUGCACACAGAGGAGGGAACACACUCGCCUCCCCGCCGGCCACGGGGUCAAUGCUAAUCGCCAUUUCUCUUUCACGGAAACGGGGGCGGCGAGGAAGAGGAGACGGACGAGGAGGAUGAAGAAAAGUGAUGACACAUCGAGAUCGGUUAGUGGCCACUGGAGGGAGGCGACAAGGAGGCGGCGAUCUCGCGAAGAGCGCCGGGGAGCACGCGGCGAAGAGGAAGAGGCCCCUCCAUCAUCUUGACGGCGAGGCGGUCCUCACGCUGUGAUGAGUGCGGCGUUACGCUCCCUCAGACCGCGGAGGACUGACGGUCACAAAAGCACGGGGCGAUUGCAGCAAUUUCAGCUUGUUUAUUUGGAACAUCCCACAGGUGAACAGGCUAAUUGGGAACAGGUGGGAGCCAUGAUUGGAUAUAAAAUCAGCUUCCAUGAAACACUCAGUCAUUCACAAACAAGGACGGGGCGAGGGUCACCACUUUGUCAACAAAUGCGAAAUGGCAACAACGGAGGAUGGAUGUCCCAUAACAAGAAGAUAGAGAAAAAGAAGAAGCUUAUCGACUACGGCGUCGUCACGGACUACAAAGGCGGAAUCGCGCAAAUUUUCAGGACUCAUGCAGAUCCCAAAUACAGAUCAGCAGGUACCAGAAGGGUUCAAUAUGAUGUCGGUCCACCUUUUGCAGCUAUUACAUCAUCAACUCUUCUGGGAAGGCUGUCCACAAGGUUGCAGAGUGGAAUUUCAAAAGCGCAUUGGUCAGGACUCUGUGCAGGCCAGUCAAGUUCAUCCACACCAGACUCUGUCAUCCAUGUCUUUAUAGACUUUGCUUUAUGCACUGGUGCACAGUCACGUUGGAAGAGGAAGGGGACCAAUCCAAACUGUUCCCGCAAGCUGGGCACAGGAACAGAAAAGAGAAGGGAUUUAUUGCUACUCCCCCUGGACUUGAGGACAACCAGAGAAGGAGAGAAAUGGAAAAACACUCUCCUCUCCUAUCUCCCACCCCCCCCACCCCCCUCUCUCUCUCUCACUUCACCACAUGUCCAUUGUGUCUCUUAUCUAAAGUCGGCUUUAGAUGAGAGAGAAGAGAAGAUCUCUCCUCGCAUUCCUAAAAUUCAAAGUUGGCACACAGUACUUGCAGACAACCAAAAGAUAACAAAUAAAGAACACUAGCUGUUUUGUAAUAUGACUAUGAAAAUAAAGAAGUAACACACAAAUAU